CAAAUCCAUUUGAGUUCAGGGAACAAAAUUGUGCAGAUAAAUACAUAAUAUUAUACAAUACACAAAUGUUUUCUCCUAAAUCCACUUCAAGCUUCAUGUGGGCAAGACAAGUGAUCAUAACUUACACUGUGGUUAUUCUAUGGCUCGCCGCAUGUGGCGAAACGAGGGUAAAGUUACCGGCGGGUGGGGUCAUGCCGGCGGUGAUAGGGUUUGGGGAUUCGAUCAUCGACCAAGGCAUGAACAACUACAUCCCCACCGUGGUAAAGUGCAACUUCCCACCCUACGGGGCAGACUUUAUGGGCAAAAAACCUACCGGGCGCUUCACCAAUGGCAACACGCCGAUUGAUCUAGUUGCGGAUGAACUGGGAAUCAAAGAGCUCGUACCUGCUUAUUUGGACCCGAAUUUGCAGCCCGGAGAUCUGAAAACCGGAGUAAGCUUUGCAUCUGGAGGCACCGGAUACGACCCCCUAACAUCACAAACUAUGUCAGUUGUCCCGAUGUCGGCACAAUUAGACUACUUCAAAGAGUACCUGGGAAAGCUCAAAGCAGCAUAUGGAGAAAAUGAGACAAAGUUCAUAACAGACAACAGCCUCUUCUUGGUGGUCGCCGGCAGUAAUGACAUUGCCAACACCUACUUCACAGUUGGAGCUCGUCGGAUACAAUACGACGUUAAUUCCUACACGGAUCUUAUGGUCGGCAAGGCUUCCAGUUUCAUCCGAGAAUUGUAUGGAAUGGGAGCAAGAAGGAUUGGGGUUUUCAGCCAGGUGCCGGUAGGGUGCAUGCCAGCGGAGAGGACUUUGGCAGGUGGCGGUGUGGGUUGUGCAGAGAAAUACAACGAAGCGUCAAAGUUGGCCAAUUCGAAGUUCCAAGCUGAGAUUGAAUCCCUAUCGAUCACAUUACCUGAUGCCACGCUGGUCUUACUAGACCUCUACAACCCUCUUCUUCAAGUCAUCCAAAACCCUGCCCAAUAUGGGUUGGAGGUAGCUGAUAAAGGGUGUUGUGGGACUGGAAAUUUAGAAGUUGCAAUAUUGUGCAACCAAUUAUUACCGACAUGUGAAGAUCACGAAAAGUAUUUGUUUUGGGACAGUUUCCAUCCCACAGAAAAAGUUUACAGGAUACUUGUUAAGCAGCUCCUGCCCAAGUAUCACCCCCAGUUCUUCAAGUAACUAAUGACAUAGUUGAGCUCAACUUCAUUCAGCCGCCAAAUUCCACAAUAAAAUGUUUACUUAUAUCUUGUUUUUUCCUAAAAACUUGUUCUUUUAAAGUGUCUUAUAGUAAAUUUUAUAUUAUUUA